GAACGUCGAGAUGGAGCCCAACUCACUCCAGUGGGUCGGCUCACCGUGUGGCUUGCACGGACCUUACAUUUUCUACAAGGCUUUUCAAUUCCACCUUGAAGGCAAACCAAGAAUUUUGUCCCUUGGCGACUUUUUCUUUGUAAGAUGUACGCCAAAGGAUCCGAUUUGCAUAGCGGAGCUCCAGCUGUUGUGGGAAGAGAGGACCAGCCGGCAACUUUUAUCCAGCUCUAAACUUUAUUUCCUCCCAGAAGACACUCCCCAGGGCAGAAAUAGCGACCAUGGCGAGGAUGAAGUCAUUGCUGUUUCCGAAAAGGUAAUCGUGAAGCUUGAAGACCUGGUCAAGUGGGUACAUUCCGAUUUUUCCAAGUGGAGGUGUGGCCUCCAGGCUGGGUCGGUGAAAACCGAGGCGUUGGGAAGGAAUGGACAGAAGGAAGCCCUGCUGAAGUACAGGCAGUCAACCCUCAACAGUGGGCUCAACUUCAAAGACGUUCUCAAGGAAAAGGCCGACCUUGGGGAGGACGAGGAAGAAACCAACGUGAUAGUUCUCAGCUACCCUCAGUACUGCCGGUACCGAUCGAUGCUGAAACGCAUCCAGGAUAAGCCGUCUUCCAUUCUAACAGACCAGUUUGCAUUAGCCCUGGGGGGCAUUGCGGUGGUCAGCAAGAACCCUCAGAUCCUGUACUGUCGAGACACCUUUGACCACCCAACUCUCAUUGAAAAUGAGAGUAUAUGCGAUGAGUUUGCGCCAAACCUUAAAGGCAGACCACGCAAAAAGAAGCCGUGCCCACAGAGAAGAGAUUCAUUCAGUGGUGUUAAAGAUUCUAACAACAAUUCUGACGGCAAAGCUGUUGCCAAGGUGAAAUGUGAGGCCAGGUCAGCCUUGUCCAAGCCGAAGAAUAACCAUAAUAACUGUAAAAAAGUAUCAAAUGAAGAAAAACCAAAGGUUGCCAUUGGUGAAGAGUGCAGGGCAGAUGAACAGGCUUUCUUGGUGGCACUUUAUAAAUACAUGAAAGAAAGGAAGACGCCAAUAGAGCGAAUACCCUAUUUAGGUUUUAAACAGAUUAACCUUUGGACUAUGUUUCAAGCUGCUCAAAAACUGGGAGGAUAUGAAACAAUAACAGCCCGGCGUCAAUGGAAACAUAUUUAUGAUGAAUUAGGUGGUAAUCCUGGCAGCACCAGCGCCGCCACUUGCACCCGCAGACAUUAUGAAAGAUUAAUCCUACCAUAUGAAAGGUUUAUAAAAGGAGAGGAAGAUAAGCCCUUGCCUCCAAUCAAACCUCGGAAACAGGAAAAUAGCUCACAGGAAAAUGAGAAUAAAACAAAAGUAUCAGGAACCAAACGCAUCAAACAUGAAAUCUCUAAGAGCAAGAAAGAAAAAGAGAAUGCCCCAAAGCCCCAGGAAUCAUCAGAGGUCUCAUCAGAGCCAGAGAAGGAACAAGAGACUUUAAAUCAGAAGAGCAUCACGGAGCCUCUCCCAGCAGCAGACGUGAAGAAAAAAAUAGAAGGGUACCAGGAUCUUGCAGUGAGGCCCCUGGGGUCUAGGGCAGACCCAGAAAAGGACAAUGACACAGAUCAAGGUGCCGACAGUGAGAAGGUGGCGGAGGAGGUGGGAGAGAAGGGGCCUGCUCCUCCACUCCUGAGUGCCCCUCCGGCCCCUGAAAGGGGUCCAGCCCCCAUCCCCGGGGCCAGCAAACAGCCACUCACCUCUCCCAGCACUCUUGUGGACUCGAAACAAGAACCCCAGCCCUGCUGUUUUACAGAGAGCUCUGACAGUGACCUCCAAGAAGCGCCCUUCACUGGCUUCCCCACCUCACAGCCACCCCUGGCAAACCAGAAUGAGAUGGAGGAUGACAAGCUGCCCGCAAUGGCAGAUUACAUCGCUAACUGCACCGUGAAGGUGGACCAGCUGGGCAGCGAUGACAUCCACAAUGCCCUAAAGCAGACCCCAAAGGUCCUCGUGGUUCAGUCAUUUGACAUGUUCAAAGACAAAGACCUGACUGGGCCCAUGAAUGAGAACCACGGACUCAAUUACACCCCUCUGCUCUACUCAAGGGGCAACCCAGGCAUCAUGUCCCCCCUGGCCAAGAAAAAACUUUUGUCCCAAGUCAGUGGGGCCAGCCUCUCCAGCAGCUACCCUUACGGCUCCCCACCUCCUUUAAUCAGCAAAAAGAAACUCAUUGCAAGGGAUGACCUGUGCUCGGGUUUGUCCCAGGCCCACCACGGCCAGAGCACGGACCACAUGGCGGUCAGCCGGCCGUCGGUGAUUCAGCACGUCCAGAGUUUUAGAAGCAAGCCGUCGGAGGAGAGAAAGAGCAUCAGUGACAUCUUUAAGCAUGACAAGCUGGGUCGAUCAGAUCCCUACCGCUGCAGUCUCUCUAAGCAUCACCUUAGCCCUCUUGCUGACUCCUAUGUCCUGAAGCAAGAAAUUCAGGAGGGCAAGGAGAAGCUCCUGGAAAAAAGGGCGCUCCCUCACUCCCACAUGCCUAGCUUCCUGGCUGACUUCUACUCCUCUCCUCACCUCCACAGCCUCUACAGACACACUGAGCACCACCUUCACAACGAACAGACAGCCAAGUACCCUUGCAGGGACAUGUACAGGGAAUCAGAAAACAGUUCUUUCCCUUCCCACAAACACCAAGACAAGGUCCACGGGAAUUAUCUCGCAUCGCUACAUCUGCAAGACAAAAAAUCAGCCACGGCCGAAGCGCCCACAGAUGAUCAGCCGACGGACCUGAGCCUUCCCAAGAACCUGCACAAGCCCACGGGCAAGGUCCUGGGCCUGGCGCACUCGGCCCCAGGACCCCAGGAGAGCAAGGGCGCCCCCCACUUCCAGGUCCUCAACAGCCAGGGUCGAGACUGUCACCCCAAAGCCUGCCGGGUAUCGCCCAUGACCAUGUCGGCCCCUAAAAAGUACCCCGAAUCGCUCUCCAGGUCGGGAAAACCUCACCACGUGAGGCUGGAGAACUUCAGGAAGAUCGAAGGCAUGGUCCACCCCGUCCUGCACCGGAAAUCGAGCCCCCAGAACAUUGGUGCAGCGCGCCCCAUAAAGCGCAGCCUGGAGGAUUUGGACCUUGUGAUUGCCGGGAAGAAGGCGCGGGCGGUGUCCCCCCUGGACUCAUCCAAGGAGGCCUGUGCGAAGGAGAAGGCCUCGGAGCCAGAGAGCGAAGGUGGCAAGGCGGCGCACAGUGCGCACUCGGGGGGCCAGUCAGAGGGCCACAAGCUUCCUCUCUCCUCCCCCAUCUUCCCAGGUUUGUAUUCUGGGAGCCUGUGUGGCUCGGGCCUCAACUCCAGGCUCCCGGCCGGCUAUUCCCAUUCUCUGCAGUACUUGAAAAACCAGACCGUGCUUUCUCCACUCAUGCAGCCCCUGGCUUUCCACUCGCUUGUGAUGCAGAGAGGAAUCUUCACGUCGCCGACAAAUUCUCAGCAGCUUUACAGACACUUGGCUGCGGCCACACCUGUAGGAAGUUCGUAUGGGGACCUUUUGCACAACAGCAUUUACCCUUUAGCUGCUAUAAAUCCUCAAGCUGCCUUUCCAUCUUCUCAGCUGUCGUCUGUACACCCCAGUACAAAACUGUAAGCCCAGAGCUGCACUCCUUACCCUGGGGGUAAUGGCUUGUAGAAUUAGAAGUCAGUAUUCCUUCUAAUCCGGGGGUAAGAUCAGUCCCAGCCAAAGGGGCCGAGAAGAGAGGUGAACAUACCUGAUUUUUCCUGGGAAGACUCCAGCCAUGGCUGGUUAGUCUUGCACCCCUUCCAACACAGAUGCCCUGGUACCUAGAUGGUUCCCUUUGCACGUGGGUCUUGAGAAGGGAUUUUUGUGUAUCCAGGAAGAAUUUAGAGGACCCCGUCUUGAGGAUGGUCAGGAACAAUCUGGGCAAAAAAAGGGGGGGGGGCAGGCUUUUCAAAGGAAGGGGCGAGGAAGACUGGCAAAUGUUUGCCAAGGGAUGCCCCUCUUCCCAUAAAACUCUCCAAGGUUCAAUCAAUGCAAUGUAUAGAGAAACUUCAGUAGAUCUUUCAUUUUGACACUAUUAAACAAUCCAGAGAAGUGAACACUGUUAAAAUGACUGUAUAUAUUUGCUUCUUAAAACUACCUGUAUCACUGUUUGCUGACCUAAUUUAUAUACAGGUAGUUCCAUUUUCUCCCAGUUCCUUCUUGUCUUUUUUUUUUUUUUUUUUUAAUUAAACAGUAUCACUUUUGUUUGCAGGUCUUUUUGUUUUAUUUUGUUUUGCUUUGUUUUGUUUUAAAGGCUGACUGACUGUCCUAGUUGUUGAUGUGUGUUUGUAAUUUUUCCACAUCUUAUCAUUUUGAGCAGCUUUGGGUGGUAAAGUUAUUGUUUACAAAUUGAAGCAACUGAUUCUAGUGGAACAAAUGAAAAAGAAACAGUUGAGCACACAAUAGUGCAAAGAAUGUUCCUUUGCAGAUCCACAACUUAAGGAUUUUGUUCCUCAUAAAUGGCAUAGUCGAAAGAGCUUAUACACUGCUUACCCGGCCAAAUGCUUUGCUUUGAAGUAUUGGGUUAUGUGAAAAUAUCGAGCAUUGUCCUUACCUUAUCUAGGCUGUGAAACUGUCCUACAUACCAGAGGAAUCAUAAAAACAAAAACCUCACUGGCAGCAAGCUGCUGAAUAACAAGAGUCUAGAGGACAUAUUUGUGGGCUGCUCAGAUAUUUUAGGAAUUUCAGAAAUUAGAACAGAAGCCAAAAUGAUUUACAUUGGUGUUGGCACUGAUCCCUUUAAACAGUGUGGGAAAGGGGGUUGGGGAAGAAGAUGGAGCUCAACUAUCCAGAAGAAAAGGAGCAGCUGGAGGCCCAGGCACCUGAUACCUUCCCUGGGCCGCACCCGAUCUUUGAGUAAUAGGUAGUCACAUGGCCUUCACCAAGUUGGUUUCUUGUUGUUCUCAAGAAGAACCUCCCAGCCCACAUCUCUGGGGAUUAUUGGCAUCCUGGAUUACCCAUUUCAAAAGAAGUCCUCUUCUUUGGGUUUAUGGGGCGUUAGUUUUGUGUGUGUGCACGCACAUUUUGUGGUUCAUGUCGUGUUUUUAACCACCUGGCAAGACAGCCCACGUUACGAUUUCUUUUAUUGUUGGAAGAAAUGGUCAAGUUGUUCAAGCAGUCAAAAGAUGUGGAGAAUGUGUAUGGUCAUUCUCGCCACUUUAUUCCAUUCGCUGCUGGGAUGUAACAUCGAGGUGGAUGAAUUUUCUAAGUGUGUUAAGAGUCAAUCGAUACAGAGCGGAUUUUCUUUCCAAGUCCCAUCCCUGCUGAUUAAGACUGCUUUGAUGAACUCCCCAGCUAACCCUCCCCUCCCCCAACACUACCAGUAGACAUUAGAACCACAGUUAACCAGUCUUUUACCUCUGAGAUAUUUAAUUCUAUGAAAAUUGAUGACAAUUUUCAACUUCUAAAUAGGUAACUCGACUGCAAAAUAAUCACAACUGGUAAACAAUGACACUGCGGCUCUUAAAGCCAUGCAUGCCAUGCAUUUGUAUUGAAGUGUCUCCAUGACAUGAAGCCAAAUAUUCAAUGUAACAUACUUAAUAUCCAAAGGUGGAAACAAAAGAAUGUAGAGACCUAGUGUUAAGAGUUCCAUUUGCUUCAAUUAAUUAUUUACCUUCCUGUGGAAUUUUACGUAUAUAUAUAUAUAUAUAUAUAUGCACACACACACACACACAUAUAUAUAUAUAUAUAA